UAUUAUUGUUUUUGCUUGCUUUUCUUGUUGUUUCUUUGUUUUGCUUGGCUUUGCUUUACUUUGUCUGUGCGCUCUGCAUGCUAAUUUCUAUUUUCGCUUGUUAUUGUUACUUUUAGCGUUUUGUAUUUUCUAUAGCGCGUCCGUCACGUUCGUUUUGAUUUGCUAUAAAAAUAAAUCGAAAACGAAGACACGCAAUCAAACAGAGUUUCGCUUUUAACGCCUCAACUCCAAAAAAGCAAUCAGAAUACAUCCCCCAACAUGUUCAAAUGCACCAUUGUCAUCUGCGCUCUGAUCGCCUGCGUAGCCGCCAAGCCAGGAUUGCUGCACGCUCCACUGGUUGCUGCUGCCCCAGUCAUUGCCGCUCCUGCUCCCGCUGUGGUCACUGCCACCAGUAGCCAAGUGGUGGCCAGAAACUUUAAUGGCAUCGCCACUGCGCCUCUGAUUGCUCCCGUUGCCCCAAUUGCACCAAUUGCUGCUCCAAUUGUCAGAGCCGUUGCACCUGUGGCUGCUCCUCUGGCCGCCGCAACGUUCGCUCAUCCUGUGGCUGCUCCUGUCAUUGCCAAGUAUGCUGCUGCCCCUCUGGCUGCUCCAUUUGCCUACAGCGCCCCACUUUCCUAUGCUCCUGCCCCACUUUUAAUUUAAGCCAUUAUUCCAACACUGUGAUUAU